AUGUCGUUGAUGCUGGUGGCGCUCACGGCCGAGGGACAGCCUCCCCAGGCUGGACCCAACGUGCCGUAUGGCAACGUGUUCAGCGUCAAGCUGGGCGGUCUGCGCCAGGUGGUGCUUCUGGGACCCGAGUACCCCAAGCUCUUCUUCAAGUCCGGCGACGACACCCUCUCCUUCAACGACGCCCUCAAGGCACGCCGCGCGGUGAACUUCCACCUGUUCCUGGACAACAAGACGUUCGAGUACCCGAUCCACAUCACCCUCAUCAAGCAGAAGUUUACGCCCAACAUGCGCAACUGGACCCCGCUCAUCGCCGAGGUGAUCGAGCCGGCCUACGUCGACGGACUCCUCCGCAACCUCGGCGGACCCUACUACCGCGGCGCCCGCAAGGGAACGAUGGUGGUCGAGAUCGAGCGGAUGAUGUACCAGAUCGUGGGCCGGUCGUCGGCGCGUUGCAUCUGCGGCGACGAGGGCUACGACAACCAGGAGCUCAUCGACACCUUCAUCAACUUUGACAAGGACGCCACCGAGAUGAUCGGCCUCUCGACUCUCCUGCCCCGGUUCUUGGGCGGACGUGUAAAGGAGCACUAUGCGGUGAUGAUGAAGCAUCUGCUGCCGGUGGUCAAGAAGCGCAGGGCGGCCAAGGACACCAGCCAGAAGGUCGACUUCUUGAGCUACCUCCUCGAGGCCCCCGAUGUCGAUGGCUCGCCCUUGACCGACGAGUGGAUCGUGACCCGAUUGGGCGUUAUGAUCUGGGCCUCGCUCACCACCACUGCUGGUGCGCUGACCCAGACCCUGCUGGACAUCUUCUCUCGCCCCGAGAUCAGGGAGAAGGUGCUGGAGGAGCAGAACAGGGUGUUGGGCGACAGCAAGACCGUGGAUCACGAUCACGUCAAGCAGAUGGAUUACCUCGACGCCUGCAUACGCGAGUCCCUCCGGACCACCUCCUUCCUGCGCUGGCGAAUGAAGGACAUGCAAGCCGGCCAGUACUCCAUCCAGAAGGGCACGAUGGUGGCUCUCUCGGCCUACGUGGCGCACCACGACAAGACCCUGUGGGGCGAGGACACCGAGUCGUUCAAGCCGGAGCGCUUCAUCUCCGAGACGCAGCCGCUCUACGCGUUCCUCCCCUUCGGCUCGGGCCAGCACGCGUGCCCGGGCCGCUUCUUCGCCCUCCACGAGAUCAAGACCAUCCUCUCGCUCCUCAUGCGCACCUACGACAUCGACAUCCCCGGCGGGCGGCCCAAGCUCGUCUGGCUGGUCAACCGCGUCACCGCCGAGAAGGACCCCGUCAUCUUCAUGAAGAAGGCGGCCGCCUAG